AUGGCCAGAACCAAGCAAACCGCUCACAAAUCCACCGGUGGCAAAGCCCCCAGGAAGCAGCUCGCCACUAAGGCUGCUCGCAAGAGUGCCCCGGCCACCGGCGGUGUGAAGAAGCCUCACCAGGCAAAGGCGGCAAGGGACUCGGAAAAGGACGCCAAGCGUCACCGCAAAGUUCUCCGCGAUAACAUCCAGGGGAAUCACCAAACCCGCUAUCCGCCGUCUGGCUCGCCGCGGCGCGUGGAAGCGUAUUUCGGUCUGAUCUACGAGGAGACCCGCGGUGUCCUGAAGGUGUUCCUGGAGAACGUGAUCCGUGACGCAAUCACCUACACCGAGCACGCCAAGAGGAAGACCGUUACCGCCAUGGACGUGGUCCGCUCUGAAACGUCAGGGACGCACCCU